AGCUCACCUGAUAACAACAGGCGCACGUCUUAUAGACGACAAUUCGCAAAGUGGGUCUAGUAUUCGGGCCGUGAAGACGGCUUUUGAAAGCGGAGCAUCAUGAGAAUAGAUUGGUUCAUUGCUAUAGCUACAAGUGUGGCCUUUAUACCAGCUGUAGCUCCAGAAUGUCAGCGGAGAGAUUAUGGCCGGGGCAGCUUCGUGUGUGUCUGCAACGUAACGUAUUGCGACUACAUCGGAGAUAUCGGACCCUUGCCCAGCGGAUCAGCGGUUGUGUUUGAAAGCACCAAGGCCGGCCUAAGGUUUGCCAAGACCACCAUACCUCUUGGCAGGGCACCGGACGAGGAUAACCAAAACAACGACACUCUCCUGCUUGUGAUCGACUCUUCAAAAGAAUACCAGAAAGUGUUUGGGUUCGGAGGUGCCUUCACGGACGCCGCCGGAAUAAACGUGAAAUCUCUCCCGACCAACUUGCAAGACGAUGUUCUCAAGUCCUACUACUCAAAAGAAGGGAUUGGGUACACCAUCGGCAGGAUUCCCUUGGCCAGCUGUGACUUCUCUGCACGCAAGUACACGUACGACGAUACUCCCGGUGACUUCGAGCUAAGCAACUUCACGCUCGCUCCGGAAGACUUCGACGUAAAGAUCCCGUACAUAAAAAAGGCCAUGUCGCUGUCAAGUGAGCCUGCGUGGUUCUUCGGCAGCUCGUGGAGCAGUCCCGCUUGGAUGAAGACCAGCAAUGCGCUUGAAGGGCGAGGGUUCCUUAUUGGCGAGCCAGGCGGUCCCUACUACAAGACUUGGGCAAAGUACUACGUCAGAUUUGUGCAGGAGUACGAGCGGCACGGAAUUCCCAUCUGGGGUUUGACAACUCAGAACGAACCAACGACCGGUUUCGUGCCGGGAUUCCGCUGGCAGACCCUGGGCUUUACGGCCAACCACCAGAGGGACUUCGUCAAGCUCGAUCUCGGACCUGCUCUGACCGAAGCUGGUUACGGCGCGGACAAGCUGCAGCUGAUGAUUCUCGACGACAACCGCAUCGUCCUUCCCCACUGGACAGACGUGGUGCUGGGCGAUCCCGAGGCGGCCAAGUACGUUCAGGGAGUCGCUGUUCAUUGGUACAUGGACCGUUUUAUCGGCCCUUGGGUGCUGGACAAAGUGCACGAGAGCUUCCCGGACAAAUUUAUUAUGGGCACCGAAGCGUGCACUGGUUCCGCUAUAAAAACAGAGGACAAGGUCAAGCUUGGCAGCUGGAAACGAGCAGAGUUGUACGCCAGAGACAUCCUCGAGGACCUCAACCAUUGGGUUAGCGGAUGGACGGACUGGAACCUCGCCCUUAACACUGAAGGUGGUCCCAACUGGGCGAACAAUUUUGUCGACUCGCCCAUCAUCGUGAAUGCCUCCGCUCAAGAGUUCUACAAGCAGCCAAUGUACUACGCACUGGGCCACUUUAGCAAAGUACUUCCGAGGGGUAGCGUUAGGAUUGACUCACAACUGGAGCAAGCCCGUUUGCUGGUGGAGAAUAACGCGACUGCUACGAAUCUGACAUAUGCUGCAUUCAGAACACCUGAUUCGGCACUGGUCGUGAUUGUCUUGAACAGAGACAACGACAAGUUCACCCUGAAGAUCAAGGAUGCGUCCGGCACCGGCAGCGUUCAGAAGGUUAUUACCGAGAGGUCGAUAACAACGUUUAUAUGGAAGCAAUAAAAUCUGUUCUUUCACCAGCCAGACGCGUUGCCUUUAUUGUUACUUUUG